AUGUCCCCUGCCCUCGUAUUCAGAUCUGGAGCACUCAUCACUGCCUUGGGCAUCACCGCGGGCGCAUUCGGCUCUCACGGCCUCCAAAACGCCCAGCCCCCCCUCACCCCCCGCCAGAUUUCCUCCUUUGGUGUCGCCUCCAAUUACCUCAUCUACAACGGUCUCGCCCUCCUUGCAAUCUCUUUCCACCCCGGAUUCUUGGCCGGGGCGGGCACGAGGAGGUACAAGGUUGCCGCGGGGAUGAUUGCCGGAGGGGCUGUAGUGUUUUCGGGGAGCAUCUUUGCGUUGGUGUUGGGGAGGAAGUGGGAGGGGGUGAAGGUUCUGGGUCCUGUUACGCCUUUGGGUGGACUGGCCAUGAUUGCUGGUUACAUCGCCCUUGCUUUGUAAGAACAUGUACGAAUAGCAUGUAUCGAAUCACUUCUCUGACUGUCGCGCUUCAUAGUCUUGCGCUGUACCCCCCCGAGCUCGAUACACCCGCUGAGGGAUCAGCGCCGGAUGAACGGACAGCGUUGCUUCAGGGAGAGGCUACACAAGAGCAUAACGGUGUAGCUGUGUGACGCAAGCUCGAAAGCGGAUUGACCUGAUUGUGCACACUCGACAGUAUAGAUAGAUGUACAGUAUUAGUACCACUUAGAGCACAUCAUAUGCGACCAAGAUCACAACCAAGCA